AAUGUUCACUGAUUUCAGGAACUUGAGCACAAAAUCAUCUCUCUGAUGAAGAAAGAGCUGAAGAGUAUCAAGAGACUACUGAUCUCAGAUUCCCCAGCAUGCUCUGAGAGAGAGGAGGAGGAUGAUGAAGGUCAGAGCAGAGUCAGAGAGGGGUUUCUGAAGAUCACACUGCACGUCCUGAAGAAGAUGAAGCAGACAGACCUCGCUAACACACUUCAAACCAAACUGAUUUCUGUGCAUCAACAAAAACUCAAAACAAAACUAAAAGAGAAAUUCCAGAGAAUUACUGAAGGAAUGUCAAAUCAAAGCAGCUCAACACUUGUGAAUGAGAUCUACACAGAGCUGUACAUCACAGAGGGAGGGAGUGCAGAGAUCAAUAAUGAACAUGAGGUGAGACAGAUUGAGACAGCAUCCAGGAGAGCAGAGACACAGGAAACACCAAUCAAAUGCAAUGACAUCUUUAAAGCCUUACCUGGACAAGACAAAGCCAUCAGAACUGUGCUGACUAAAGGAGUUGCUGGAAUUGGGAAAACUGUCUCUGUGCAGAAGUUCAUUGUGGACUGGACUGAAGGAAAAGCAAAUCAGGAUGUUCACUUCAUAUUUCCACUUCCUUUCAGAGAGCUCAAUCUGAUGAAGCACAAAAAUAUCAGUUUGAUGGAUCUUCUUCAUCAGUUUUUCACAGAUACAAAAGAACUGAGAUCAACAUUCCUUGAUGACUACAAAGUCAUUUUCAUUUUUGAUGGUCUGGAUGAGUGUCGACUUCCUCUAGAUUUCCAGAACAAUGAUAUUUUGUGUGAUGUGACAGAAUCGGCCUCAGUGGAUGUGCUGCUGACCAACCUCAUCAAGGGGCAUCUGCUUCCUUCUGCUCUGCUCUGGAUCACCUCUCGACCAGCAGCAGCCAAUCAGAUUCCUCCUGAGUGUGUUGAUCAGCUCACAGAUGUACGAGGCUUCAAUGACCCUCAGAAGGACGAGUAUUUCAGGAAGACAAUAAAAGAUGAGCGUCUGGCCAACAGAAUCAUCACACACAUGAAAUCAUCAAGAAGCCUGUACAUCAUGUGUCACAUACCAGUCUUCUGUUGGAUUUCAGCCACUGUUCUCCAGAGACUGUUGAGUGAAGCAGAGAGUGCAGAGAUCCCCAAGACUCUCACUCAAAUGUUCACACACUUCCUGAUCUUUCAGAGCAAACUGAAGAGCCAGAAGUAUGAUGGGAAAUGUGAGGUGGAUCUUCAGCAGGCUAGAAAGAGGAUUCUGUCUCUGGGAAAACUGGCUUUUCAACAGCUGGAAAAAGGGAACCUGAUCUUCUAUGAGGAGGACCUGAGAGAGUGUGGCAUUGAUGUCAGAGAAGCAUCAGUGUACUCAGGAGUUUGUACCCAAAUCUUCAGAGAGGAGUUUGGACUGCACCUGGGGAAGGUGUUCAGCUUUGUGCAUCUGAGCAUUCAGGAGUUUCUCGCUGCUCUGCAUGCUUUUCUUUCCUUUAAUCAACAGAAAUCAUUAGGUCUCUUCAGUAAGUUUAGGUCAUCUAUGAGUGAUCUCCUGAAGAGUGAAGUGGACAAGGCCUUACAGAGUGAGAACGGACACCUGGACCUUUUCAUUCGAUUCCUUCUGGGUCUCUCACUGAAGUCCAAUCAGACAAUCUUACGAGACCUACUGACACAGACAGGAAGCAGCUCUGACAGCAAACAGGAAAUAGUUGAGUACAUUAAGAUGAAGAUCAGGGAGAAUCCCUCUCCAGAGAAAUCCAUCAAUCUGUUCCACUGUCUGAAUGAACUCGAUGAUCAUUCUCUAGUGCAGGAAGUACAAACAUACGUGAACAGAAGAGAUAUCAAUCGUCUCUCUGGAGUCAGUCUCUCUCCUGCUCAGUGGUCAGCUCUGGUGUUUGUGUUGCUGAACUCAGAAGAGGAGCUGGAUCAGUUUAAUCUGAGGAAAUAUGAUCCAUCACAUGAAUGUCUUCUGAGGCUGCUGCCAGUGAUCAAAGCAUCCAGAAAAGCAGAUUUGAUGGGCUGCAAUCUGACAGAGAAAAGUUGUUCAGCACUGGCCUCAGUUCUCAGCUCAAACUCCUCAAGUCUGAGAGAGCUGGACCUGAGUAACAAUGAUCUGCAGGAUUCAGGAGUGAAGCUGCUCUCUGAUGCACUGAAUAGUCCUCACUGUAAACUGGAAAUACUGAGAUUAUCUGGCUGUAUGUUGACAGAGGAAGGCUGUUGUUCUGUGGCAUCAGCUCUGAGAUCAAAUCUCUCAUGCCUGAAAGAGCUGGAUCUGAGCUACAAUCACCCAGGAGAAUCAGGAGUCAAGCUGCUCUCUGAAAGACUCAACGAUCCAAACUGCACACUGGACAAACUUAAUGUGGAUCAUGGAGGAGAGUUCAGGAUUACAGCAGGACCACGCAAAUAUGUCUGUGAUCUCACACUGGAUUCAAACACAGCACACACUGAACUCAUUCUGUCUGAGGGGAACAGGAAGGUGACAUGUGUGAGAGAGCGUCAGUCAUAUCCUGAUCAUCCAGAAAGAUUUGAUUGGUAUCGUCAGGUUCUGUGUAGAGAGAGUCUGACUGGACGCUGUUACUGGGAGACUCAAUGGAGUGGAUAUGGUGCUGAUAUAUCAGUGUCAUAUAAAGAAAUCAGCAGGAAAGGAGAGAGUCGUGACUGUUGGUUUGGAUUAAAUAUAAACUCCUGGAGUCUGGAGUGCUCUAAUAACACAUUCACUGUCUGGCACAAUAAUAACAGAACUGACAUUCGUCCCCCUUCACACGACUGUAAGAGAGUAGGAGUGUAUGUGGACUGUCCGGCCGGCACUCUGUCCUUCUACAGCGUCUGUGACACACACACACUCACACACUUACACACACUCAUCACCACAUUCACUCGACCCCUCUAUGCUGGAUUUGGAGUUUAUUCUGGUUCCUCAAUGUGUGUGUGUGAAAUUGAUCAUCAGAGACACACACUGCCUCUGCAGAUGAACACUGUUUUAGCCACAGAUUCAUCUGCACAGUUACGGCUGUCAAGAGUGACUAGAUCUUUAAAAUCAUCCAAGAAAGGGUUGCCCAUUCUUUUAAUAGUUUCAGACAGGAAGAAAGUCCUCUUCAAAUUCUUUCAGCAAUCUUCCCAACUCUGGUCCAGAGAUCAUCCAUCGUCUGAAAGCAUUUGGGUUUUCUGUGAGACCAACUGCACCACCGCAACCUUUCACAAUCGUAUUCUCUUGUUCAUGAGCUUGGUCGAAAGGAUCCAUUUUGUGACAAGAGCAGAAAAUUACACGACGAGAGAAACAGAGAAAAAGUUUGACAGUUUUUGUUCCACUGAAUCGUCUGAAACAAUCAAUAAAUUCAUUGUGAAGUAUUUUGUAGGUGAUAUUCUAGUCAGUAAAGAGGAACAUCAACAGUUCUUGACAGGUGUUCAGUGGACUGUUCAGAUGAUGUCAUGGAGAAAGUAUCUCAGUGGACAGACAGACACAGGGAAGGUCAAGAGUGUCAUUCAUGGAGAAUCUCCUGAAUCCAGCUGUGUGUCCAUGAAGAGUGACGGGUCAAUGGAUCGUCCAAUUAAAUUCAGUUCAGGAGAGUCUUUGAUCAACUACAGAAACAAACAGGAUGCAUCAGAGUCAACUGCUGGGAAAGUGCCAUUGGACUCCAUUUUUGAGGAACUUGAGCACAAAAUCAUCUCUCUGAUGAAGAAAGAGCUGAAGAGUUUCAAGAGACUACUGAUCUCAGAUUCCCCAGCAUGCUCUGAGAGAGAGGAGGAGGAUGAUGAAGGUCAGAGCAGAGUCAGAGAGGGGUUUCUGAAGAUCACACUGCACGUCUUGAAGAAGAUGAAGCAGACAGACCUCGCUAACACACUUCACACCAAACUGAUUUCUGUGCAUCAACAAAAACUCAAAACAAAACUAAAAGAGAAAUUCCAGAGAAUUACUGAAGGAAUGUCAAAUCAAAGCAGCUCAACACUUGUGAAUGAGAUCUACACAGAGCUGUACAUCACAGAGGGAGGGAGUGCAGAGAUCAAUAAUGAACAUGAGGUGAGACAGAUUGAGACAGCAUCCAGGAGAGCAGAGACACAGGAAACACCAAUCAAAUGCAAUGACAUCUUUAAAGCCUUACCUGGACAAUACAAAGCCAUCAGAACUGUGCUGACUAAAGGAGUUGCUGGAAUUGGGAAAACUGUCUCUGUGCAGAAGUUCAUUGUGGACUGGACUGAAGGAAAAGCAAAUCAGGAUGUUCACUUCAUAUUUCCACUUCCUUUCAGAGAGCUCAAUCUGAUGAAGCACAAAAAUAUCAGUCUUAUGGAUCUUCUUCAUCAGUUUUUCACAGAUACAAAAGAACUGAGAGAAUUGAAAACAUUCCUGGAUGACUACAAAGUCAUUUUCAUUUUUGAUGGUCUGGAUGAGUGUCGACUUCCUCUAGAUUUCCAGAACAAUGAUAUUUUGUGGGAUGUGACAGAAUCGGCCUCAGUGGAUGUGCUGCUGACCAACCUCAUCAAGGGGAAUCUGCUUCCUUCUGCUCUGCUCUGGAUCACCUCUCGACCAGCAGCAGCCAAUCAGAUUCCUCCUGAGUGUGUUGACCAGCUCACAGAUGUACGAGGCUUCAAUGACCCUCAGAAGGACGAGUAUUUCAGGAAGACAAUAAAAGAUGAGCGUCUGGCCAACAGAAUCAUCACACACAUGAAAUCAUCAAGAAGCCUGUACAUCAUGUGUCACAUACCAGUCUUCUGUUGGAUUUCAGCCACUGUUCUCCAGAGACUGUUGAGUGAAGCAGAGAGUGCAGAGAUCCCCAAGACUCUCACUCAAAUGUUCACACACUUCCUGAUCUUUCAGAGCAAACUGAAGAGCCAGAAGUAUGAUGGGAAAUGUGAGGUGGAUCUUCAGCAGGCUAGAGAGAGGAUUCUGUCUCUGGGAAAACUGGCUUUUCAACAGCUGGAAAAAGGGAACCUGAUCUUCUAUGAGGAGGACCUGAGAGAUUGUGGCAUUGAUGUCAGAGAAGCGUCAGUGUACUCGGGAGUUUGUACCCAAAUCUUCAGAGAGGAGUUUGGACUGCACCUGGGGAAGGUGUUCAGCUUUGUGCAUCUGAGCAUUCAGGAGUUUCUCAGCUGCUUUAUUCAAGUUUCUGCAAAACAAGUCAAGAAGAGUGAUUUCCUGAAGAGUGAAGUGGACAAGGCCUUACAGAGUGAGAACGGACACCUGGACCUUUUCAUUCGAUUCCUUCUGGGUCUCUCACUGAAGUCCAAUCAGACAAUCUUACGAGACCUACUGACACAGACAGGAAGCAGUUCUGACAGCAAACUGGAAAUAGUUGAGUACAUUAAGAUGAAGAUCAGGGAGAAUCCCUCUCCAGAGAAAUCCAUCAAUCUGUUCCACUGUCUGAAUGAACUCAAUGAUCAUUCUCUAGUGCAGGAAGUACAAACAUACGUGAACAGAAGAGAUAUCAGUCGUCUCUCUGGAGUCCGUCUCUCUCCUGAUCAGUGGUCAGCUCUGGUGUUUGUGUUGCUGAACUCAGAAGAGGAGCUGGAUCAGUUUAAUCUGAGGAAAUAUGAUCCAUCACAUGAAUGUUUUCUGAGGCUGCUGCCGGUGAUCAAAGCAUCCAGAAAAGCUGAUCUGAUGGUAUGCAAUCUGACAGAGCAAAGUUGUUCAGCACUGGCCUCAGUUCUCAGCUCAAACUCCUCAAGUCUGAGAGAGCUGAACCUGAGUAACAAUGACCUGCAGGAUUCAGGAGUGAAGCUGCUCUCUGAUGCACUGACGAGUCCUCACUGUACAUUGGAAAUACUGAGAUUAUCUGGCUGUAUGGUGACAGAGGAAGGCUGUUGUUCUGUGGCAUCAGCUCUGAGAUCAAAUCUCUCACGCCUGAAAGAGCUGGAUCUAAGCUACAAUCACCCAGGAGAAUCAGGAGUCAGGCUGCUCUCUGAAAGACUCAACGAUCCAAACUGCACACUGGACAUACUUAAUGUGAAUCAUGGAGGAGAGUUCAGGAUUACAGCAGGACCACGCAAAUGGGUCUGUGAUCUCACACUGGAUUCAAACACAGUUCACACUAAACUCAUUCUGUCUGAGGGGAACAGGAAGGUGACACAUGUGAGAGAGCGUCAGUCAUAUCCUGAUCAUCCAGAGAGAUUUGAUGAGUGUCCUCAGGUUCUGUGUAGAGAGAGUCUGACUGGACGCUGUUACUGGGAGACUCAAUGGAGUGGAGAUGCUGCUGUUAUAUCAGUGUCAUAUAAAGAAAUCAGCAGGAAAAGAAAGAGUGAUGACUGUGUGUUUGGAUACAAUGUAAACUCCUGGAGUCUGUACUGCUUUAAUAACACAUUCACUGUCUGGCACAAUAAAAACAGAACUGUCAUACGUCCCCCUUCACAUGACUGUAAGAGAGUAGGAGUGUAUGUGGACUGUCCGGCCGGCACUCUGUCCUUCUACAGCGUCUCUGACACACACACACUCACACACUUACACACACUCAUCACCACAUUCACUCGACCCCUCUAUGCUGGAUUUAUAGUUGAUCCUGAUUCCUCAGUGUGUGUGUGUGAAAUGGAUCAUCAGAGACACACACACACAAAGGUGACACGUGUGAGAGAGCAUCAGUCAUAUCCUGAUCAUCCAGAGAGAUUUGAUGUGUAUCGUCAGGUUCUGUGUAGAGAGAGUCUGACUGGACGCUGUUACUGGGAGACUCAAUGGAGUGGAGAUGGUGCUGAAAUAUCAGUGUCAUAUAAAGAAAUCAGCAGGAAAGGAGAGAGUGAUGACUGUCUGUUUGGAUUCAAUGUAAACUCCUGGAGUCUGUGGUGCUCUAAUAACAGAUUCACUGUCCGUCACAAUAAUAAAAGAACUGUCAUACGUCCCCCUUCACCCGACUGUAAGAGAGUAGGAGUGUAUGUGGACUGUCCGGCCGGCACUCUGUCCUUCUACAGCGUCUCUGACACACACACACUCACACACUUACACACACUCAUCACCACAUUCACUCGACCCCUCUAUGCUGGAUUUUAUCUUUAUUCUGAUUCCUCAGUGUGUGUGUGUGAAAUUGAUCAUCAGAGACACACACACACACAACUGGAUGAGUGAAAUAUACUCACUGUAUCUCACAUCAACACAACUCCAAACUCUUUCUAGAAAUCAUUUCAUCAAUUAAACUGAUUGAAUUCAAUACAAUGACAG